AUGGUCGCAUUGCAAGAGAAAUCGAAACAUAAACAAGACAAAAUUUCUGCUUCUUUUGAUAAGUGUGAUGAAACGGUAGAAAAUUUUGAUUCGUUCACAGAACGAUUUGAGGCUUUUUUGGACAUUCAAAAUGUUCCAGAGGCAAAACGUGGGAAAGUUCUGAUCUCAAGCUUGAAUGCGAAAUUGUAUAAUUUGUUGAAAAAUUUACUCUCUCCGGAUAAUCCUUCAGAUAAAAAUUUUACCGAACUAAAAAAGGUUCUUAAGGAUCAUUUAAAUCCUAAAGCUUUAAUAAUACCUAGUCGGCACAUGUUUAUUAAUAGAAAACAGCAUGAGGGGGAAUCAAUUAGUAGUUAUGUCACUGAAUUACGCUCGUUAGCGAUUCCUUGUGAAUAUAAAGAGGAUAUGCUAAAUACAAUGUUAAGGGAUGUUUUCGUUAGCGGUCUACGAGAUCGUAAUAUCUUAGAUCGAUUAUUUCAGGAAGAUGAUAUCGAUUUAGAGAAAACAUUAAAGAUAGCCUUGGCGAUGGAAAAGGCGGUUAAGGGUGCAAAUGAGAUUAUAGGAAAUUCCGUAGAACUGAAGGUACUUAAAACCAAGAAAAAUGAGUCCAAACCGCGGAAACAAAACUUUGUUGCUAAGAAUAAUAAAGGUAAAAAUGAAACUUGUUCGCGUUGCUUAGGAGCAAAUCACAAUAAAAACAACUGUAGAUUUGCAACAAGUGAAUGCCGCUUUUGUAAAAAAAUUGGACAUAUCGAAAAGGCGUGUUAUUUGUCUAGGAAAAACCGACAGGUUAAACAAAAGAAAGUUGAGGCAAAUAAUGAUUAUGAUUCGAAAAAUGAGGUCCCCAUCUAUGGAUUUAACUCCAGAACGCACAUGUUAAGAGAGGAAGAGCCAAAAAGACCGCCAAUAAUGGUUCAAGUUAAAAUUGAAAACAAACCAGUUAGCAUGGAACUUGAUACUGGGGGAACAGUUUCGGUAAUGUCUAUAAAUAAAUUUAGAAAAAUUUCCAAUAAAAAGAUUCAGCCUACAAAUUUAGUUUUUAAAACUUACAGGGGUGAUAAGGUGGUACCUUUAGGAUAUGUUCCUGUUAAAGUUGAAUACCAAGGUCAAAAAUUAGUUUUAAAAUCUAUACAUUGUGAAGGAAAAUUUGGACACACAAUCUUCGGCCGAGAAUGGCUGUAUAAAAUCAAUCUCGAUUGGAAUGCCAUCAAAACAUUGAAAACUUCUAGUGAAUUGAAUUUUUAA